CCUGUGACUUGAGUGUUGUGCAGCAGGUGUGUGCGUGAAGGUGUGGACUCUGCUAUGCAUCAGUGGGAGGACAGAGAGGAGGGAGUCCCUCCCUCUAAAACCUCUCUGUGUGGGGAACAUGACAGCCAGAUCAAAGCUCAGAGACCAGACUCACCUGGACCUGGACCUGGACCCAGCUGUGUGUCCAUGAAGAGUGACCGGUCCAUUAUAGUUCCUCCUACUUUUAAAGGACAACCCCCUGCAGAGAUUCAACCAGAUUCACCUGGACCUGGACCUGGACCCAGCUGUGUGUCCAUGAAGAGUGACCGGUCCAUUAUAGUUCCUCCUACUUUUAAAAGACAACCCCCUGCAGAGAUUCAACCAGAUUCACCUGGACCUGGACCCAGCUGUGUGUCCAUGAAGAGUGACCAGUCUAUGGACAUGGGUAUAUUUUUCAAUGAUGGAGUUCAGUCUGUUGAACAAGGAGUUCAGCAACAGAGAUCUCAAGUGAUCCCAGGAGACCUGGACCCCAUAUUUAAGCUGCUUGAGAAGAACAUUGUCAGCUUUAUGAAGAACGAGCUGAAGAAGAUGCAAAAGACCCUAAAUCCAGAUUACCCAAAAGGCUCUGCUGGUCAGAAGGAAGAUGAAGAGGUGUUGGAUGGUGAGGAUGAAGAGCAGAUGAGGAGCAGUGAAGCAUUUCUGAAGAUCACAAUCAACUUCUUGAGGAGAAUGGAGCAGGAGGAGCUGGCUGACUGUCUGCAGAGCAAAACUUGUGUGACUGCAGCCCAACAUAAACUCAAGUCUAACCUGAAGAAGAAGUUCCAGUGUGUGUUUGAGGGGAUCCCUAAAGCAGGAAACCAAACCCUCCUGAACCAGAUCUACACAGAGCUCUACAUCACAGAGGGAGGGACUGCAGAGGUCAAUGAGGAGCAUGAGGUCAGACAGAUUGAAACAGCAUCCAGGAAAUCACACAGACCAGAAACACCCAUCAGACAAGAAGACCUCUUCAAAGCCUCGCCUAGAAGAGAGGAACCAAUCAGAACAGUAAUGACGAAGGGAGUGGCUGGCAUUGGGAAAACAGUCCUAACACAGAAGUUCACUCUGGACUGGGCUGAAGACAAAGCCAACCAGGACAUCCACUUCAUGUUUCCAUUCACGUUCAGAGAGCUGAAUGUGCUAAAAGAGAAGAAGUUCAGCUUGGUGCAACUUAUCCAUCACUUCUUCACUGAAACCAAAGAAGCAGGAAUCUCCAGGUUUGAAGAGUUCCAGGUUGUGUUCAUCUUUGACGGUCUGGAUGAGUGUCGACUUCCUCUGGACUUCCACCACAAUGAGGUCCUGACUGAUGUCACAGAGUCCACCUCAGUGCAUGUGCUGCUGACAAACCUCUUCAGGGGGAAACUGCUUCCCUCUGCUCGCCUCUGGAUAACCACAAGACCUGCAGCAGCCAAUCAGAUCCCUCCUGACUGUGUUGGCUUGGUGACAGAGGUCAGAGGGUUCACUGACCCCCAGAAGGAGGACUACUUCAAGAAGAGGUUCAGAGAUGAGGAGCAGGCCAGCAGGAUCAUCUCCCACAUCAAGACUUCCCGAAACCUUCACAUCAUGUGCUACAUCCCAGUCUUCUGCUGGAUCACUGCUACAGUUCUGGAGGACGUGUUGAAGACCACAGAGGGAGGAAAGCUGCCCAAUACCCUGACUGAGAUGUACAUCUACUUCCUGGUGGUUCAGUCCAAAGUGAAGAUGGUCAAGUUUGAUGGAGGAGCUGAAACGGAUCCACACUGGAGUCCAGAGAGCAGGAAGGUGACUGAGUCUCUGGGAAGACUGGCUUUUGAUCAGCUGCAGAAAGGGAACCUGAUCUUCUAUGAAUCCGACCUGGCCGAGUGUGGCAUCGAUAUCAGAGCAGCCUCAUUGUACUCAGGAGUGUUCACACAGAUCUUUAGAGAGGAGAGAGGACUGUACCAGGACCAGGUGUUCUGCUUCGUCCAUCUGAGUGUUCAGGAGUUUCUGGCUGCUCUUCAUGUCCAUCUGACCUUCAGUAACUUUGGUGUCAACCUGAUGGCAGAAAAACAACUAAGAGCCAAAGGCCUUGUUUGGCCUAAAGUAUUCAGAGUACAACCUAAACUCAAACAUCUCUACCAGAGUGCUGUGGACAAGGCCUUACAGAGUCCAAAUGGACACCUGGACUUGUUCCUCCGCUUCCUCCUGGGUCUUUCCCUGGAGACCAAUCAGACUCUUCUGCAAGGUCUGCUGACACAGACAGGAAGUAGCUCACAGACCAAUCAGGAAACAGUCCAGUACAUCAAGAAGAAGAUCAGUGAGAAUGUGUCUCCAGAGAAAAGCAUCAAUCUGUUCCACUGUCUAAAUGAACUGAAUGAUGGUUCUCUGGUGGAGGAGAUCCAACAGGCCCUGAGAUCAGGACGUCUCUCCACAGAUGAACUGUCUCCUGCUCAGUGGUCAGCUCUGGUCUUCAUCUUACUGUCAUCAGAAGAAGAUCUGGAGGUGUUUGACCUGAGCAAAUACUCUGCUUCAGAGGAGGCUCUUCUGAGGCUGCUGCCGGUUGUCAAAGCCUCCAACAAAGCUCUACUGGGUCACUGUAACCUCUCAAAGAGAAGCUGUGGAGCUCUGUCCUCAGUCCUCAGCUCCCAGUCCUCUAGUCUAAAACACCUGGACCUGAGUGACAACAACCUGCAGGACCCAGGAGUGAAGCUUCUCUCUUCUGGACUGGAGAGUCCACACUGUGCACUUGAACAUCUCAGACCAGACUCACCUGGACCUGGACCGGGACCUGGACCGGGACCCAGCUGUGUGUCCAUGAAGAGUAACAUGUCUAUGGCAACCGCAAUAGAUUUCAAAGAUGAGUUCAGUCUGUUAGGAUCCAUCAGCAGAGAGAUGACUCUCCUCGAGCUGGACCUGGACCCAGCUGUGUGUCCAUGA